AUGCUUGAAGAGAAAUGCUGCGGGAAGCUGGAGAGGAUCGACUUUCCUGUUUUCCAGCCGAGCACCCCAGAACCAGCCCCUGCCUGCGAAGAAGCACCCAGGUCCCCUGAGGUGGCAGCCCCAGUCCCUUCGUCAGGGUCAGAGCCUGGGUCAGGGCCAUCCGAGGGGGAGAAGCUGAAGGAGAGCAUACCAGCGUCCCACCCAGUGUCCCACACCCCUGGGGAGAGCACCAGCCUCAGCCUGGCCCUCAGCCUGGGUCAGUCCACUGACAGCCUGGGGCCCUAUGGAGAUGGAGGGGGAGGCGAGGGCCACGAGAAGAGGCCCAGCCUGGUGGACCGCCAGGCCUCCACCGUGGAGUACCUCCCAGGCAUGCUCCACUCAGGCUGCCCCAAAGGCCUGCUGCCCAAGUUCUCUAGCUGGUCGCUGGUCAAGCUGGGCCCUGCCAAGGCCUACAACCCCCACACUGGCCUGGAGCAGCUGGGCUUCCUACCUGGCUCCUCCUUCCUCCUGCCCUGGGACGUGGUGAUUCGCUCCCGCUCCGAAGAGGAAGUGGGCUUAAUUGAGCCCCUGGAUGGGGGACCCUCUUCCUGGCCAGCCCCCAACAAAGCCCUGGUGGGAAAGAGGGGGAGCGCAGGGGGCCUUGGUAGGGGACGCAGGCGGGAUGACGUGGCCCGGGCCUUCGUGGGCUUUGAGUACGAGGACAGUAGGGGCCGGCGUUUCCUUAGCUCAGGGCCUGAUAAAGUGGUGAAGGUGCUGGGGCCUGGAGGGGCCAAAGAGCCGGCCACCAGGGCCCUGAACACAGACAUGCCCCUGUACAUCCCUUCUCCAGCCCAGGGGCGCGGCCUGAAGCCCCACUACGCCCAGCUGGCGCGUCUCUACAUUGUGGUCCCUGACGCCAACCUGGAGAUAACACUAAACCCACAGGUACACUUGCCUGGCCUACAUUUACCUAUCAACUGGUGUUAGUCACCAGGAAAACAUGAGAAUAAUUAACUUAUCUAUAAGUAAAUUCCUCACUUCUCAUGUUUUCCUGGUGACAAACACUAGUUAUGCUAAACUCUCAAUGCAAUUAGAACUGAACUCAUUUUGAGUUCUUAGUGUAGCAAUAUGCUGUGUGGACUGGAGAUUAAUUUUUGUUGGCAAAUAGUCCCUUUGUUGAUUAAUGAGAAAGAUGUAAUGCUUGAUUAAUGUUGACUGUGAAACACUGCCCCUUUCUUUUUCUUCUUAGGUCCAACCGGGCCCUCCUCCCUGUCCAGUGUUCCAUCCGGAGCAGACGGAGCUGGUGCUGCCCCCUGAUGGCCUGUGGGUCCUACGUUUCCCCUACUCCUACGUCACAGACCGUGGCCCAUGUUACCCACCUAAAGACAACCAGCCCCUGGCCAACUACAAGGUCCUCAGAGGCAUCCUGCGUGCCAACACUACCAGCCCCCUUCCACCACAGUAA